AUGGAGCAAGAACUCCUGUCGCUCCUGGCAGAUACCCAGUCGCCGAAGACCGAUACCAGAAGGGCCGCAGAGUCACAGCUGGGAAAUCUUUAUGUCCAUGAUUCCUUCGCGAUAUCACUCACAGCAAUCGCCUCGCACGAGUCAGUUCCGGUCAACCUGCGCCAGUCUGCCCUCUCAGUCUUGCGUACCUUCAUUGUCGCCGCCUGGUCUCCAAAUCUCGAUGAAUUUAAAGGACAAAUCCUCAUCAACGAUGCGAACAAAGCCAACGUCCGCCAAGCGCUAUUGGCCCUCUCGACGAACGACACCCCCCAGCGCAAGGUGAAGAACUCUGCAAGUUUCGCUGUUAGCAAGAUCGCCAGUGCCGACUUCCCGGACGACUGGCCCGAGCUGCUUCCUUCACUGCUCCGUAUCAUCAAUGACCCCGCCAGUACCGAUGGUCAGAUGCAUGGUGCACUGAAGGUUCUCCUAGAUCUUGUCGAUACAGGGUUCAGUGAGGAGCAGUUUUUCAAUGUCGCCCGUGAUCUUGUUGCAUCCCUUUUCGCUGUGGCUACCUCCGAGUCCAGACGGCCAAUGCUGCGCGCUCUGGCUGUCGCAGUCUUCCGUUCCUGCUUUGAUACCCUGGAAAUGGUUCUAGAACAACACAAAACGGCCAUUAAGCAGUUCAUGGAUGAGGUCCUCAGUGCAUGGUCGCCAUUCUUUGACACAGCUUUGAAGGCACCCCUGCCGCAGCCACCCAGCGUGGAAGAGGAACAUAAACAAGGGGAGAUUGCAUCACAGUGGAGGGGAGUUGUUGGGUUAAAGUUGCAAGUCGUCAAGACACUCAUGAAAAUCCGCAUGGUGUUCCCUGCUCUUUUGACCGCACAAAGCCCACUUUUCUUCUCAACAGUCUGGGCGGAACUCACCAACGCAUUGCCGAUCUACCAGAAUUUCUACAUUGAGGAGGAGAGGCAGAGUCGUUUGGAGGAUGGGGACGGACUUCCCCACUCACUUGAUUUUCUCGUUUUGGAGGAGCUUGAUAUUAUCCAGGCCCUCUUGAAGGCACCCCCCUGGCUUCCGGAAAUUAUGAAGCUCGCCAGUUCCUAUGCACAGAUUACAACAGAGGAGGAGGCUCUGUGGGAGAUUGAUGUGAACCUUUUCCUCUCGGAGGAGACUUCCGUCACAGCCAACUACACUCCUCGAACCUGCAGUGGAGAUCUAGCGAUCAAGGCUGGUGAAUGGCUGAAGGGUACAGCUGCUGAGGGUCUCCUGGGCUACAUGAACACUCUCUUUGCUGAUUCGUCUGCUUCAUGGAAAUCACGAGAAGCCUCCCUGUACAUACUCAACUGCUUGCUUCGAGACUUUGGCGAAGUGGACCAAGAGAUCUCACCUGAGCUGGCAUCCCACUUCACUCAAUUCGUGCAAUAUGCGACCCAACAAGAACAGGAGCUCUUGCGCGCUCGAGGCUACCUUGUGGCUGGCUCUCUGUCCAAGGUCGCCGGUGAGGCAUUCCAACAGACCACAUCGUCCUAUUUGGAGGCUACUUUGAAGGCGAUCGCCGAGGACCCCGCCGAGGUGGUCCAAGUGGCCUGCAUCCGAGUGCUACAAGAUUUGAUGCCUGCUUUGCCGACGGGCCUGGCCCGCCCCUUCCAGCCUGCAGUGAUUGCGGCCAUUUCAGAAUUCAUCUCCGCACACGACCUUCGUGAACAGACGGACUCUGAUGAUCUCAAGGUUACGUUAGCGGAAACCCUCCGGGACACUAUUAUGACCGAUUCUAGUGUGGUUCUAACUUCGACUGCCAUUGAUGUGCUGUUCAACAUUGCUAGUAGCGGAGCCGAAAACUUCCAAUUGACCUUGACUGUUACAGAGGCAUUUGAAGAUAUUGUGGACCAAAUCACCGACAAUGGCCCCGAUUCUUACAUGCGUCUUUGUGAGAAGGUGCUUCCAUCGCUGAUGGGCGCGAUUGAUGUGGGCAACCUGACGGAAGAGAAUGCUUUGACAAAUUUCGCAGCAGAUCUUCUUCGCGCUCUGGCCGAGCGGAGUCCCGAGCCAAUGCCCGCUGGUUUCGUGGAGACGGUGAUGCCCAAGUUGAACCGCCUGCUGCUAGACUCCGAUGAGGCCGAAUUGAUCCGACCCGCAACGGAGGCCGUACGACACAUGCUCUCCCACGACUUUGCGCAGUUCAUUGUCUGGCGUGAUCCUCAGUCUGGAAAGGAGGCACUUGAAGUAGUGUUGGUCAUCAUUGACCGCCUCCUGGGCCCGGCCGUGGAUGAUAACGCAGCCACAGAGGUCGGCCAGCUAGCAGCAGAACUGGUUGAACGGGCUGGCUCCGAGCGCCUCGGUCCCUACCUACCGCAGCUCCUGCAAGCCGUGGCGCAGCGACUGGCGACAGCACAGCAAGCGCAAUUCAUUCAAAGUCUCAUCCUCGUCUUCGCGCGACUCACUCUUAUCAGCGCACGCGAGGUAGUCGACUUCCUGGCCCAGGUCAACCUGGGCGGCCAGAGCGGACUCGUCGUGGUCCUAAGCAAGUGGCUUGAGAACUCCGUCAACUUCGCCGGCUAUGAUGAGAUCAAACAGAACAUCUUCGCCCUGGCACGACUAUACGAGCUCGCCGACCCACGUGUUGCCGAAGUGCCCGUCAAAGGUGACCUCGUCAUCCAGGAUACUGGCCGAAUCAAGACUCGCUCCCAGGCGCGCAAAAACCCAGACCAAUUCACUACCGUGCCUGCACCACUGAAGAUCGUCAAAGUUCUAGUCGAAGAGCUGGGUGCAGCAUCCGGAAACAAAGAAAUCGACGCCGCCACCGCGGCAGGCCUGGACGAAGCUGACAGUGACGACGGUGACGACGACUGGGAGGAUCUCCCUAGCCAGAUUCUGGACCUCGGCAUCGGAGCCACGAAACAGGGGCUGAUGAGCUUCGGCGAGGGUGGCUCCGAAAGUGUCUUCGGUGUGCGUCGCCGAGACGAUGAAACGCAGGGCUUCCUGACAGAUUUCUUCCGACAGGCCUCCACGCAGCCUGGUUUCCAAGAAUUGUAUGCGGCACUGACUCCGGAUGAGCAAGCUAAGCUACAGAGCCUGUGA